CCCAUCCUCUUUAUUACCACUCGUUUUCUCUUUCUAGGGUUUUCUCUCUGAAGCUAAACAAUGGCUGACGAAGCGCAGUAUUCAUCUGGUACCGAUGCUGCGUCCAAUAAGCGGAAGUACGAUGACCAUCCUCCACCUAUGGUUUCCCGCCGGCCGACUGGUUUUUCCGGCCCCAUCACUUCCCCCUCCUCCGAUUCGGCCAAUCCUGCGCCUCCCUCCUACAACAACGUCCCGCCUCCUAUGGAUGAGAUCCAGCUUGCUAAGCAGCGUGCUCAGGAAAUUGCCUCUCGGUUGAUUAUCUCCAGCGGUGGCGUGGGGGCCGGCGCUGGACCUGGCGUUGGGGCUGAUGCCAAGCGCCCAAGGGUUGAGAAUGGCGGCGGGUUUGAUUCAUACGAAAAGGGUUUUAGUUCUGGCUCAGACUUAAAGUCUCACAUGUCUAAUUCAGCUCCUUCAGCAACACCUGUUUCCUAUGGGUUUCAAGGGACAAGCAAAAAAAUCGACAUUCCAAAUGGUAGAGUGGGUGUAAUUAUUGGUAAAGGUGGUGAGACCAUCAAGUACCUUCAGCUCCAGUCUGGGGCAAAAAUACAAGUUACUCGUGACAUGGAUGCAGAUCCCAAUUCUGCUACCCGGACGGUUGAUCUAAUGGGUACUCCUGAUCAAAUUGCUAAGGCCGAGCAGUUGAUUAAUGAUGUUCUUUCCGAGGCUGAAUCUGGAGGUUCUGGCAUAGUAUCUCAAAGAUUGACUGGUUCAUCGGGAUCUGAGCAGUUUGUUAUGAAAAUUCCCAAUAAUAAGGUUGGCUUGGUUAUUGGUAAAGGUGGUGAAACAAUCAAAAGUAUGCAAGCCAGGACUGGAGCUCGUAUUCAGGUGAUACCUUUGCACUUACCCCCUGGGGAUACAUCUACAGAAAGAACCUUACAGAUUGAUGGUUCAAGCGAACAGAUUGAGUCAGCAAAACAGUUGGUUAAUGAAGUUACCAGUGAGAAUCGUGUGAGAAAUUCAGGUAUGUCAGGAGGGUAUCAAACUCGACCCCCUUCAAGUUGGGGGCCUCCUGGGGCUCCUCCAAUGCAGCAACCUGGUUAUGGCUAUGGACAGCAAGGUGGAUACUCUGGCCCUUCAUCUCAGUAUAACAUGCAACAACCUCCUUAUCAAGGUUAUUCACAACCUGCAUCUGGUGGAUAUGCUUCCAAUUGGGACCAGUCUACUGUUCCACCAAAUCAACCUGCUACUCAGGGAAGUGGUUAUGAUUACUACAAUCAACAGCCCCCGCAGCAACAGCAGACUCCUGGAGCUCCUCAUGGUGCUACAGGAGACAACUCUGGUUACAGUUAUGGUCAACCACAGGCCUCUACCUACAAUCAACAGGGUUAUUCUCAAGAUGGCUAUGGUGGUGGUUAUCAUGCACCUCAGGCUGGUUACAGCCAGCCACCUACGUAUGAUCAGCAAGGCUAUAGUUCUGCUCCAAACUAUGGUAACGUGGCCAAUGCAGCCCAAGAUGGGAUCAAUUCAUACGAGUCUCAGGGGGAUUCAUCACAGACAGUCCCUCCUGCACAACCCUCUUCGGUGAGCCAGCAAGGUUAUGGUGUAAAUCAACAGCCUAGUCCUAACCCAGGGAGCUACCCUCCACCAAAUCAGUCAGGGUACGGAAUGACUGCACCUUCUCAUACUGGUUAUGGAAAUCAACCAGCCGCUCAAACCGGGUAUGGGGCUAGUUAUGGACCUCCUCAAACUCAGAAACAACCUGCAAAUCCUCCUGCAUAUGGUCAGAGCACUCAGUCGCCAAGCACCCCGAGUGGCUAUGGGCAACCUGCUGCAUUGUCGUCUGGGUAUUCCAGUUCUCAGGCUCCCACGUCUGGGUACACUCAAUCAGAUUCCGGUUCUCAACGUGUCCCACCAUCCAGUUAUGGUACUGCAGCUCAGCCAGGGUUUGCGCCACCUUAUGGUGUUCCUCCAACAAAUCAGCCAGGUUACGGGCAAGCUCCACCACCUUAUAGCUCUUCUUAUGGUGCUGGUUACCCUCAGCCUCCAUACUCUUCCGAUGGUAACGCAGGUGGAGCUGCUGCUCAAUCGGCGCUGCAAAGUGGGGUUGCAAAAGCAUCACCAAAGAGUUGAUUCAUGUAUGUGUCACUAUAGGUGUCUGUUGCGGAGAACAGUUAACUUCGUUGCUAUGAUUAGUUUUUUUUAGGCCAGGUAGAAUUAUGAAACCUCGUUAAUGUCUGAAUUCUUUACUGUAUUCGGUUUCGGUUUUGAUACGGUUAAAACGUUUAUGGUGCUUUGCUA